UGAUUGGAUCUGGGGGCACAAACACGCAGAGGCUGCUAGGGAGGUGUUGUAUGUGUAAGUUCUUUCAUGGGCAGACAAUGAGCAAUCUGUGUGCUGAUCUCUCGCUGCCCCGUGCAUGGCGUCCCACUUUAAGCAGAUGAAUGACACAUGUGUACGUCCAGCUGUGCCCCCACCCAUAACAGUGCCCCCACCCAUAACAGUGCCCCCAGCCAGAACCCAAACACUCAGCUGGAGCAGCAGAGAGACAUGGGGACAGAGGGCGAGCGGAUCAGCAUGGAGGUGGAUAAUAGAAGAAGGGAGAGAGGGUCAGCAUUAAAUAUUAACCAUUAUGCCACCAAGAAGAGCCUGGCAGAGAGCAUGCUGGAUGUGGCGCUAUUCAUGGCAAACACGGCGCAGCUAAAGGCUGUUUUGGAGCAGGGCCCCUCUUUCACCUACUAUAUCACCCUCAUAACUCUCAUCAGCAUCUCACUGGCCCUACAGAUCGUCAUUGGUAUCCUACUCAUCAUCAUUGCUCGUAAGAACCUGAAUGACGUUUCCAAGCAGCCGCAGCUCAAUGUGCUGAAUAACGCGGCCACGGGAUUGGUCUUCCUCACUGUGCUGAUCAAUAUCUUCAUCACGGCUUUUGGGGUGCAAAAAAGUGGUCUGUACCCCUCCAGGGGGUAGGGCUUCCUACAGAUGCCAGGUAAUCUAAGCCGAUGUCGGAGUCUGAUCCUCGCUCGUCAGCGUUCCCCUCUCUCCCGCUCAGCUUCCUCUGCGAUUAACCCAUAUCUAUCAACAUAUGUACUAGUGAAUGAGGGGCGCCCAGUUAUAUUUAUUGUAUUAGACAUAUUAACUAGAAGCCUCAGUACCAAAUUAUAGGAGCUGCCUAUAAAACCCCAGUGCUGAUGGGCUGAUUAUUAAGCUGACGGAUAGAUAGAGCUUGAAUGGAAGGGGUGAGUAACUGGUGCGGUAUCGGGGAUUUUACAGCCGUCUGUAAUAAGCCUGGGCCUAGGGCAGUACAAAUUUAGGGGCGACAUGCCGCCCUACUGCCCCGAGGAUGCUGGGAGUUGCAACUAUGCAUUUCACAUGCAUUCCAUAUGUUGAAGCUGCUUCUCAGUCAGUGCCCCAAUGGGGCUCCCUCUACAUCCUGGACUCACCCCCAGCAGUCUUCUAUAGUUCUAUCCCUGCAGGGAACAUAUAACAGGCGCUGUAACAAUUAACUUUCCUAUUCUGUGCGACUGGGUCCUGAUGGCAAAUGAGUGAAGCAAAUGGAAGAGCUGCCGCCACCUGCUGGCUGAAUGUGGUAUAGGCAGGAUAUGUGUUUUCUGCUGUAAAUACAUCAAUAUCAGAGGGAUUCUUCUAUCACUUUGGAUAAAAGGGAACAAUUUGUAUCUGUAGGGAAACAAAAAUGGUUAUAGUACAGGUAUGGGAUCCCUUAUCUGGAAACCCAUUUCGAAUUACGGAAAGGCCAUCUCCCAUAGACUCCAUUAUAAACAAAUAACUCUAAUUUUUUUAAAUGAUUUUUCUUUUUCUCUGUAAUAAUAAAAUCGUACCUGUACUUGAUCCCAACUAAGAUAUAAUUACCCCUUAUUGGGGGCAGAACA